CGAGACGCGCCGUGCUCUCGCACAUUACGCUACGGCAGCACCCCACUUCACUCUGCUGUGCUUUCCCCGCCGAGCUGUUUCUUCCACUCAAGCCGCAACGGCGCCAUCCGCGUCCUCCAAUCCAAUGGUGGCAGCCUCGCCUCCCUCCUUCCAUCUCGCCCUCCUCCUCUUCGCAGCCCACGCGGCCGUCGGCAGCGCCGCGGGGGCGGUCGGGGUGAGCGGCGGCGGGCAGCUGUGGUGCGUGGCGAAGAACAACGCCGAGGACGGCGCGCUGCAGUCGGCCAUCGACUGGGCCUGCGGCCCCAACGGCGGCGCCGACUGCCGCGCCAUCCAGCAGGGCGGCGCCUGCUACGAGCCGCCCGACCUCCUGGCGCACGCCUCCUACGCCUUCAACGACUACUUCCUCCGAUCCGGCGGCGCCGCCAGCCCCGCCGCCUGCGACUUCUCCGGCGCCGCCGCGCUCAUCGGCCUCAACCCUAGUCGUGGGAACUGCGUGUUUCCUUCCAGUUCAUCCCCCAGAAAUGGCAGCUUCACAGGAAUAACAACCUAUGGCCGAACCGGUGCAGAUUUAAGCCAAAGUUCUUCAUGGCGACUCAACACCCGGUCAUUUAUUUUGUGCAUGUCUCUGUCUGUAACAUUUCUUGUUGCCUCGCGUUUCUGAUGGGUUUGCUUAAACUCCUGUCUGCGUGUCAUGUAUAUGAUCAACUAUUUAGCUGCAGCAAUGCAGUGUGUUCUCUAUGUGGUGGAGCAUGGAGUGAGGAAAAAAGAUCCUCUCUCGGAUGCCUCCCCUUUUUUUUUUCCUGUACUUGCAUUUUUUUGCUUCGAUUUCAUGCAUUCAUUCACCUCCUACUACAACAUUUAUUUGUUUUAUUUCUUUCAAAAAGACAUUUUAUUCGGCUUGCUUCCGUUUUA